GUCCUGGGCCUUGACUCAGUUCUUCGAAAGGAGCCCCGUGUUGCGUUUCAUGCUGCUCUGACAAACACCAUAGUCGACAGACCGCCGUCAAUCAAUAUCUCGUUGUUAACCCGGAACAAGAAGACCGCCUCUGUACCCAAUUCGCUCAUUAGUGAAGGUGGUGGAAGCGGUAGUAGCUGGGCGAAGUAUAUCUACCAGUCACCAUGCGGCCUGGUCUUCGACAAAUUAGUGAUCAAUAUCGGCGAUGGUUACAACGCCACGAACGGCGUCUUCACUUGCCCUGUGACAGGAGUAUACGUAUUUUCGCUGGUCAUCUCGGCGAACGACAAGCAGAAGCUAACUCUUAUCAAGAGUUGGCCGAGUCACAAUGCAAUUAAAUUCGAGAAUAUUGUUGAUGGCAGCGACGAUUCUCGUGAUUACUAUGAUCAGGCCUCCUCAUCUAUUCCAGGGACUGGCAAAGUGGAACAAAAUUGCCCUCAGACACAAUCAAGUUGA